CGUGGAAGCCACUUUAGCUCGCAGCUUCCAGACCCUCUCGGCCGGCCAAGCCUCUUAAUUACUCCGCUUGAGCAGCAAGCAUGCGAACAGCAGAUUUGGUUAAGGUCCUCGGCUGCUGCCCGCCGCCCGUAACCUCCUGCCGAAGCGCAGCCUCAGGCUGCGGCGCAUCCAUUAGGCUGGAAGGAUGAAGAUUCCCAAGCGGCCCCGGUGCCUUUGCCUUUUUUCCCCCCACCAAUCCCCCUGCCACCCACCAAUCCUCUCAGUGCUCUCUCUGCGUGUAGGGAGUGUUCAGAGCUAAUCAGGUCAAUGAUCAUCUCCCGGCUCAGGGGACAUGACAGGAGCCUAUCACAGGCACUUAGAGCAUCUUCCAGACCCCCGGCGCGCCGGCUGAGGAGCUCCCGUUAAGGAGCAUCGCCUCGGCUGCUUCUUCACUCCGCAGCAGCCUCCGAGGAUUUCAGCUUCUCUUUCUUUCUCUCUCCUUUAGCCGCUGAAGAGUUCAACAUCACCCAACCCCCCCAAAAAGGCAAGAGCAGGAUGCAGCUCCCCGGAGGGUGCUGAGCUGAAACUUCGCUUAACGUCCCCCCGAAAUCGGUGUGGCUUGGAUUGAUAAACUCCAGCAGCUGAGGCUUGGAUUGAUAACAAGUCCAGCUUCGAGCAGAGGAGGGAUUCCCGGCAAGGUGCCUGUAGAUGGACUUGGAUGCAGCAGAGCCCUUCCCAUCAUCAGGAGGAUCCAUGCCUGCAGCAGCACACCCACAAUAAAGAGUCAGAAGCCAGGUGGUGGAGGCCACAGGACCCCUCCAAGCUGGAUCCCCCUGCCCCGCGCUAGGCGCUGGAGUUGUGCCUCGCUCGCCCUAGGGGGGGGAAGCCUUUGCCAAUGCUCACAAGGAACUGCUUCUCCCUGCUGCUUUGGGUCCUGUUUGAUGGAGGCCUCCUAACACCACUGCACCCACAGCCACCACAGCCUCUAGAAGCAGAGCCAAGGGAAGAUGCUGCCCCGGGGCCAGGGCGGAGGUCGUCUGCCCAGCGAGUCAAACGCGGCUGGGUCUGGAAUCAGUUCUUCGUGCUGGAGGAGUACAUGGGCUCUGAACCUCAGUAUGUGGGCAAGCUUCAUUCUGACCUGGACAAGGGAGUGGGCACUGUGAAAUACACCCUCUCAGGAGAUGGUGCUGGGACAGUUUUCACCAUUGAUGAGACCACAGGAGACAUCCAUGCCAUAAGGAGCCUGGACAGGGAGGAGAAACCUUUCUACACCCUCCGGGCUCAGGCUGUGGAUGUGGACACCAAGAAGCCUCUGGAACCCGAGUCUGAGUUCAUCAUCAAGGUGCAGGACAUCAAUGACAACGAGCCAAGGUUCCUGGAUGGGCCUUAUGUUGCCAGUGUCCCAGAGAUGUCUCCAGUGGGAGCCUAUGUCCUCCAAGUGAAGGCCACAGAUGCUGAUGAUCCAACCUAUGGGAACAGUGCCAGAGUGGUGUACAGCAUCCUGCAGGGGCAACCAUAUUUCUCCAUUGAUCCCAAGACAGGUGUCAUAAGAACAGCUCUGCCCAACAUGGACAGAGAGGUGAAAGAGCAGUACCAAGUCCUCAUCCAAGCCAAGGACAUGGGAGGGCAGCUGGGAGGCCUGGCUGGGACCACCACUGUGAACGUCACCCUCACGGACGUCAACGACAACCCCCCCAGGUUCCCGAAGAGUAUCUUCCACUUGAAGGUGCCUGAGUCCUCCCACGUUGGAUCUGCCGUGGGGAGGAUCCGGGCAGUGGAUCCUGACUCGGGCAAGAACGCAGAGAUUGAGUACAACAUCGUGCCAGGGGAUGGGGGAAACCUCUUUGACAUCACCACAGAUGAGAACACCCAGGAGGGAGUCAUCAAACUGAAGAAGCCCUUGGACUUUGAAACCAAGAAGGCUUACACCUUCAAGGUGGAGGCCUCCAACCUCCACCUGGAUCACCGCUUCCACUCCGUGGGGCCCUUCAAGGACACUGCCACGGUGAAGAUCAACGUGCUGGACAUGGAGGAGCCUCCAGUCUUCAGCAAACCUCUCUACACCAUGGAGGUGUACGAGGACACCCCUGUGGGCACCAUCAUAGGGGCAGUGACAGCACAAGACCUCGAUGCUGGCAGCAGCUCGGUGAGGUACUUCAUUGACUGGAAGAACGACCUGGACAGCUCCUUCACAAUAGAUGCCACAGAAGGAACCAUUGCCACCAAUGAGCUGCUGGACAGGGAAAGCACAGCCCAGUACAACUUCUCCAUCGUUGCAAGUAAAGUUAGUAACCCACUGCUAAGCAGCAGAGUCCAGGUCAUCAUCAACGUCCUGGAUGUCAACGAGUUCCCCCCUGAGCUGUCCGUGCCCUCCGAGACAGCUGUGUGUGAGAACGCCAAGGCAGGGCAGGUGAUCCAGACUGUCACUGCAGCAGACAGAGACCUGUCACCAGCUGGGCAAAGGUUCUCCUUCAGGCUGUCACCCGAGGCUGCCAGCAAGCCCAACUUCACAGUGCACGACUACAGGAACAACACAGCUGGGAUUGAAACCAGGAGGAAUGGCUACAGCAGAAGGCAGCAGGAGCUCUACUUCCUCCCAGUAGUCAUAGAGGACAGCAGCUACCCUGUGCAGAGCAGCACCAGCACCAUGACCAUCCGUGUCUGCAGGUGUGACCCUGAUGGCACCAUCCUCUCCUGCAAUGUGGAAGCAAUCUUCUUGCCAGUGGGGCUCAGCACCGGGGCCCUGGUCGCCAUCCUGCUCUGCAUCAUCAUCCUCCUAGCGAUCGUGGUGCUGUACGUGGCGCUGCGGCGGCAGAGGAAGAAGGACACCCUGAUGACCUCCAAAGAAGACAUCCGGGACAACGUCAUCCACUAUGACGACGAAGGGGGUGGGGAGGAGGACACCCAGGCCUUCGACAUCGGUGCCCUGAGGAACCCCAAAGCCAUGGAGGAGAGCCAAGCGCGGCGGGACAUCAAGCCGGAGGCGCUGCGCUUCCCGCGGCAGCCGGCGGCGGCCGAGGACGGCGCAGACAUCAAAGACUUCAUCCACCAGAGGCUGCAGGAGAACGACGGCGACCCGACAGCGCCCCCCUAUGACUCCUUGGCCACCUACGCCUACGAAGGGGCCGGCUCUGUGGCCGAGUCCCUCAGCUCCAUAGACUCCCUGACCACGGAGGCAGACCAGGACUACGACUACCUGAGUGACUGGGGGCCUCGCUUUAAGAGCUUGGCAGAGAUGUUUGGAGAGGAGGAAAGUUACCACCCCGACAAGGUCACUUAAAGGACCGCUG